AUGGUGAACAAACAGCAGUUUAAGAAGCCUAAUCAUGCAAUAGUAGAAGACAUCCGUCUUGGCAACAGUGAGCAGUAUGGAACUGAACAGCUGAAGGAACUGCUCAAACUACUACCAGAGGCAGAAGAGGUGAAGAGAUUGAAGGAAUUCAAGGGAGACCCAAAUAAGCUGACACUGGCUGAUUCUUUCAUGUUCCUGCUGAUCCAAGUGCCACGCUUUGAGGUGUGUAUUGAGGCUAUGGUACUUCAGGAAGAGUUUCUCCCGUCCUGUACGGUCAUGAGUCGUGAGAUUAACAUUGUGCGUCAGGCUACCGAAGAACUGAUGACCUGUGAAGAGCUCCAUGCCAUUCUACACUUAGUUCUCCAAGCGGGAAAUAUCAUGAAUGCAGGUGGCUAUGCAGGCAAUGCUUUAGGCUUCAAACUGUCCUCGCUUCUCUCUCUGGCUGAUACGAAGGCCAACAAGCCUGGCAUGAACCUGCUCCAUUUUGUGGCACUAGAAGCACAGAAAAAGGAUGAGGCCCUUUUGAAGUUCCCAGAGAAGCUAACACAUGUUCAGAGUGCAGCCAGAAUUUCAGUAGAAAAUAUAGAAGGAGAGUUCUCCUCUCUCUAUGUCAAAACACGUUCCUUGGAACAGAAGAUUCAGGAUGACGAUGAGCUGCAAAAGCAGCUGGGUCCAUUUUUGCAGAGCUCUACACAUGCCCUUCAGGACCUCAAACAACGCAGGCUUGACUUGCGUAAAAAAGGCAAUGCCCUUAUCGACUUCUUCUGUGAAGACAAAGACACCUUUAAACUGGAUGAGUGCUUCAGAAUCUUCCAAGACUUCUGUCUAAAGUUCAAAAAAGCUGUAAAGAUCUGUCAGGCUCUUACACCAGCCAAUCACAGUGCACUCCCUCACCUGAGUUCUAAUCACAUACACCUGCAACUCAUCAUCAUCAUCAUCAUCACCACUACACACACUUCACCGCAGCUCAUUGUCUGGUCUCGAUUGUAA